AUGUUGACUCCAAUUGUGAAAAGUAAACAUAAAAAUUUUAUUCAUCAACAAACUUUCCCGUCAAGUCCUGCUGAUCGGGUGGCCGAGUGGUUAAGGCGAUGGACUGCUAAUCCAUUGGGGUUUCCCCGCGUUGCAUACUUAAUUAAUAAAAAUCUAUACGUAUGGUCUGCAGUUAUCCAAGCAAAACAUCUAAAAAUGCUCCGUGAUCGAGAAUACAUUUUACUUCGAGCAUACAAUCGAGAAAUGCAAUUCAGUAGGCUAAUGCAAGGAAUAGCAGAAGAUGAAGAAUAUUCUGAUAAUGGUUGA